AUGAUGAGUGGAAGCUUUAAGAAGCAGAGUGAGGUGAAGUUGCAGCAAGUGGAGGGCGACGAAUUGGAAAGCCUUCCGACCAACGGGGGUGUUGCAAUGGUGAAGAAUGACUACGAGGAGGGGCUGUUGGAAGAUAACGAUAAUGUGCCGAAAACGCAAUAUAUACAUUCGACGCAGACUUUUCGGCGAUUGAAGAAUAGACAUGUCCAAUUGAUAGCGAUUUCUGGUGUUAUAGGGACGGCGUUGUUUGUUGCGAUUGGAAAAGCGCUUUACAAAGGUGGUCCCGCAUCGUUAUUGAUAGCGUUCGCGGUAUGGUCUGUUCCAAUUCUGUGUAUCACUGUUUCGACUGCGGAAAUGGUGUGCUUCUUGCCUGUCAGUUCGCCUUUUCUAAGACUGGCAGCGAAGUGCGUGGAUGACUCCUUGGCAGUGAUGGCCAAUUGGAACUUUUGGUUCCUGCAAUGCGUGCAAAUUCCGUUUGAGAUCGUGUCUGUGAACACGAUCAUCCACUAUUGGCGUGACGACUACUCGGCAGCCAUCACGUUGGUGGUGCAGAUUGUGCUUUACCUGCUGAUCUCGAUCUGUACAGUCAAGUACUACGGAGAGCUGGAAUUCUGGCUGGCCUCUUUCAAGAUCCUUCUUGCCCUGGGGCUUUUCCUGUUCACCUUCAUCACCAUGCUGGGUGGCAAUCCGAAGCAUGACCGCUAUGGAUUCAGGUAUUGGGGAGAGACGCCCUUCAAGAAAUACUACCCUGAUGGGGACACAUCCGCUGGUGCCGCUGUGGGCUACCUGCAAGGCUUCCUGGCUUGUCUGAUCCAGGCGUCCUUCACCAUCGCUGGUGGGGAAUACAUCUCGAUGCUGGCGGGUGAAGUGGAAUUGCCGCGCAAAGCAAUGCCACGGGCGUUCAGGCAGGUUUUCGUAAGGCUCACGUUUCUGUUUCUGGGCAGCUGUCUCUGUGUCGGUAUCGUAUGUUCCUCGAACAGUCCCGACCUGACAGCGGCGAUCGAUGAGUCGAGGCCAGGUGCCGGUUCCUCGCCGUACGUGAUCGCGAUGAAUAAUCUCGGGAUUAGAGUGCUACCUGACAUCGUCAACGCAGCUUUGAUAACCGCAGCCUUCUCCUCCGGUAACGCCUAUACCUACUGUUCGUCCCGGACACUCUACGGUAUGGCCCUGGACGGCUAUGCGCCCAGCAUUUUCGCCAGAUGCAACAGAUUCGGGGUGCCGAUAUAUGCUGUCGGCGUUUCGCUAAUAUGGGGUCUAAUCAGCCUUCUGCAGCUGAAUGAGAACAGCGCUGUGGUGUUAAACUGGCUGAUCAACCUGAUAACAGCGUCGCAGCUGAUCAAUUUCGCCGUACUCUGCAUAACGUACCUAUUCUUCAGACGAGUCUACCUGCUCCAACAGAAUUCGCUGCCUCCGUUGCCUUUCAAGUCCUGGUGGCAGCCUUACACUGCCAUCUUCGGACUCGUCUGUGCUAUCGCAAUGAUUCUCCUGCAAGGGUAUACCGUGUUUUUCCCCAGCCUAUGGAACGUCAGGGACUUUUUAUUCUGCUAUCUCAUGGUCUUUAUCGAUAUCGGUAUCUACAUUGGCUACAAGUUCCUCUGGAAGCGUGGUUUAGAUACGUUCAAGGAUCCCAAAACAGUCGAUUUCACGGAAGAAUUAAGAGAAAUAGAAUUACACGAGAUUGACCACUCAUACGAAAAAUUCCGCCACUUCCAUGCAGCAUAA